AUGACGAUCAAGCCAAUACAAGUCGAAAUGGCUGUUGAGGAGAGAAAUCAGUCGACUGCUUGCCGAUGUCGAGAGCUACAGCAGGCCUUCUGUAUCACAGCUACAGCAGGCCUUCUGUAUCACAGCUACAGCAGGCCUUCUGUAUCACAGCUACAGCAGGCCUUCUGUAUCACAGCUACAGGAGGCCUUCUGUAUCACAGCUACAGCAGGCCUUCUGUAUCACAGCUACAGCAGGCCUUCUGUAUCACAGCUACAGCAGGCCUUCUGUAUCACAGCUACAGCAGGCCUUCUGAAUCACAGCUACAGCAGGCCUUCUGUAUCACAGCUACAGCCGGCCUUCUGUAUCAUAGCUACAGCCGGCCUUCUGUAUCACAGCUACAGCAGGCCUUCUGUAUCACAGCUACAGGAGGCCUUCUGUAUCACAGCUACAGGAGGCCUUCUGUAUCACAGCUACAGCAGGCCUUCUGUAUCACAGCUACAGCAGGCCUUCUGAAUCACAGCUACAGCAGGCCUUCUGUAUCACAGCUACAGCCGGCCUCUGUAUCACAGCUACAGCAGGCCUUCUGUAUCACAGCUACAGCAGGCCUUCUGUAUCACAGCUACAGGAGGCCUUCUGUAUCACAGCUACAGGAGGCCUUCUGUAUCACAGCUACAGGAGGCCUUCUGUAUCACAGCUACAGCAGGCCUUCUGUAUCACAGCUACAGGAGGCCUUCUGUAUCACAGCUACAGGAGGCCUUCUGUAUCACAGCUACAGCAGGCCUUCUGUAUCACAGCUACAGCAGGCCUUCUGUAUCACAGCUGCAGAAGAUCUUUGUAUCCCAACUACAUCAGGCUACGGUUCCAAUAUUGUACAUAGCUCUAUUACAACAUAG